AUGAGUAUAAGACUAGAACUUUUAAGGUGGGUUAAUGAAAAAUGCCCAUCAAUGAAGGCAACAAAUAUUGAAAGUCUUUCAGAUGGAAGACAUUUCUUGUGUUUAUUAAGAAAGUACUUUCCUGAAAUAGAAAUUCCUUAAAUUAAAAAAUGCUCUUCAAUAAUUUAAAAAAUUGACUCCUUAAAACUAGUGGUUUUUUAUUGUUAAAAAUUAGAUGCAUCAUUUAAAAUAGAUGUAUUGAAAAUAGCAAAUAAAGAAUCCACUUCAAUAUUAAAUUUGUUAAAAUUUCUAAAAUCAAUUCUAGAUAAAACUCCAAUAAAAAAUACAUGUAUAUAAGAAGAGUGUUAAACUAUUUUUAAAAAAAAAGAAAAAGACAGUCAUUAAAUCUGUGAAGAAAUUUUAGUUCCUUAAGUUUUGUAAGUCAAGGAUGAUGAAACCCAAACCUCAGAAAUUAAAGAAGAUUUAAUCCCAUUACAUGUGUUUCAAAUUUAAGUCAAAAAGCUUAUGUUACGAAAAUUGAAGCAUCCUUAUUUUGAAUAAGAACUACUUGGAUUGUUGGAUAUUGAUUAGGAAGUAGCUGAUAUGAUGUAAUAUUAUAAAUCAGCUACUUAAAAAAAAAGUAAGAAUUCCAAACAUACUGAAUAUUAUUCAAUACAUAGUAGUAAAUUUUAUUAGAGAGGUGAACCUAAUUUGAUUGAUGUAGACUAUUCAUUCGAUCAACAAUAAGCUAGUAAAAGAAGUAUAGAGAUUGAUAAUCUAUUUUAAGUGAGUGAUGAAAAAUUGAAACCUUGA